AUGGCAAGACUUUCUUUUGGCACUGCCUCCGACACGACAAAACAAUAUGUCCACACCAUUCCUAUCGAAAAGAAGCCAUUUACAGUCACGAACUUGGUCGAAGGUGAAAUAAUUCACCAAACAUGUAUUCAGGUUCACGGUGAAUGUCAAGAUUUCGAUUAUCCCGGCGACACAAGUUAUGUCUCUGUUGCGACAACCGACAUCCUUGGUCAAUCACAGCCGGUUCACCAUUGGCCAUUGAAUGAAGGACACUGGAAGAGUCUUGUGAUGCUUUCUCCGGGCUUCAAUACCAUUGUUUUCACCCUCCACCAUUGUGGGGGUGUCUCUGAUUCGACUCAAAUGACUGUGAAUUAUGUUCCUCUUUUGCAACUACCACCUCUCCAUUUGGCCAUCCUGGUGGCCAAGGACUCGCCCCUUUUAAUUGAUUGCCCGCCAGCAAAGUACGGCGGCAUUUCAACUGCCCAUAGUAGUAUUGAUGCCGCAAUCUCGAAGCUGCGCAUGUCAGCAUACAUGUGGCAGGCUGCGACCGCUGAAGACUUUCGCCAGAAAGGACUGGGAAGACGAUCAUUUCGCCUGGAUGAGGAGUGGAUGACCAACACCACGAUGCGAAUGGCCCACCAACAAACCCCUGGCGACUCUACCCUUAUGCGCGCUGCGGCAAAGAUCCAUAUCAUUCGGUCGGAGAAAUCAGUCGCAGAGAUAAGGAAUGCAGAUGUUGCGCAGCAGAACUCCAAUGGUCGGAACCGUGAUGCUCUGCAUCAGUACUUUGAAGCCGCUCUACGAAAAACAGGUGGUCCGUUUGAGUCAAAAUGUCGCCCUGUUGUGGCGGGAUUGAUCUUGGAUGCGCAUUACUCUGCUGAAAAGUCCAUGAUUUUGGGACAUGCAGCGCUGGGCUGUCACAAGCCUGACGGUAUUUCUCUGGGAAUAUUCGGCAGCCAUUUGACCUACUCUUGGCCCCGCUUCCUUGAGGAGGUCCCUGCUUGCCUCACUGAUAUGACCCUCACUGGGGAUACUGUCGGGAAUGACAACGGUGAAUGCGAUACUAUGCGCGGGGCAUGCUUCGUGGGACAAGGGGCAUUCUUGCAUGAGGUUGGUCAUGCAUUCGGUGCCGACCAUACAACUGGUAUCAUGGCAAGAGGAUAUAGCAAGUCUUGGGCAAUGAAUUUCGUUGACCAUAGAACCAAUGACAAGGUCUUCAAUGAUUCCAAAUGGGACCUGCGCGAUGUACUCCAGUUCAAGAUGCUCCCACACUUUGCAUUGCCAGGUGAUCGCCCCGUGGAUAAGAAUUUCAAGAAUGCUUCGGUGAACAUUGAGGUGGAUCUUGAAAAUUUUGUUGAGAGUGAGGGAACAUUGAAAGAUUCGGCACUUCAUGAAGAUAUUCUCAAGAUAUCUUGUGCAGCCGGCAUCGCUCAAAUCAAAAUUAAGAGUGGGUCGGAGGAACCUCAAACAAUGUUCAUGGAUGACACUUGGAGAGGAGAUUGCCCGGCUGUGUCUAUCAAUUUGACACAACACAAGGUUGACCGUACCAAACCAUUGGAAAUGAUUGCACUGGGAAUGAAUGGCAAGCAGCGUGUGGUAAAGGACGCAUGGAUCUUGCUGCAGCAGAGACCAUACGUCUUAAUUCCCGGAAGCAGCGUGGUGCUUCGCAAGAAAUCUGUCAAAUCGGACGAAUUCUGUGAAGGCGUGGACUAUACCAGCUGGGCCAUGCUUCUUAAUCAUCGCGGCAAAGAUGGCAAGCUCCAUCGAGCGACUUCGAUUGAUCUCCGGGUCGGGUGCACAAUGGAUGGAGCUGUGGUGAAUUAUGCUGAUGGGCAAGAAGAAAAUUGUGGUCCUACACGCGAGAAUGGUAGUGACGGAGAUCACCACUUUGGUGGGCACGCAUCCGAGUCCCACGAUUUGCCUGCCGGCGAGACUAUCACAAAAGUUCUAGUUUGCAGGCAUAGCAGAGGCUGGGGAAGCUUGGCUGGCAUCCGCAUGUUUUUGAGCAACGGAGAUCGCUGGGGUUAUCUGAACAAUAACGAAGACAGUGGUGACAGUGAUAGCGAGACUGAGGAUAAUGAAGAUGAAGAGGAAGAGGAGGAUACGGAGGAGGAGGGAUUGAAUGGAGAUAACACUGGGGUUGUUACUCUAAUGCCAGAAGAUAACGAGGUCAUCGUUGGCUUCUACGGACACAGCGAACCACGUUCCGGUUACACUUACGAAUUUGGGAUACUGACUGCCCCGAAAGCUCUUGAACUACCAGACGUGGUUUAUGAUUUGCCUGAACUGAGAAACAUCGCAUGA